AUGUCAAAAGCGCCACUUCAUGUUGGUAUCAUUGGGGCCGGCAUGGGCGGGCUCGCUGCUGCCAUUGCACUUGUCCGUGCUGGUAUUGCGGUGACAAUACUGGAGGCGGCUACAGAGUUGGGAGAAAUUGGCGCAGGUAUACAGAUUUUCAGCAACGUGUCACGAUAUCUUAUCCGAUGGGAUGUCGAUGAGAUCAUUGGCGACAACUUGGUCUCAGUCGAUGAAGUACGGACCUGGGGACAUGAUGGUCAUGUAGUGACUCGAGUCGACACCAAACGAGUCAAGAAAGUGACAGGGUUUCCGCAUUGGAUCGCACGGAGAGAUCAUCUCCACGAGGGACUCGUUGAGUCGGCCAAACGACACGGCGUUGAGAUCCUCGUUGGAGCUCGCGUACAGAAAUUAUUCUACACCGAAACCUCGGCGACAGUGACCACCAAUCGUGGCACAGACCACACAUUCGACCUGAUCGUCGGCGCGGACGGCAUCAAAUCGACGAUCCGCAACCAUCUCUUCCCCGAAAUCCAACCACGAGCAACAUCCAAAGUCGCGGCGUACCGGGGUGUCCUAAGCAUCGAAGAGAUCCUGCAAAAAGCGCCCGAAGCGAAACCCAUCCUCACCAACACGAUGGACAUGUGGACGGGGCCCAACGGCUACAUCAUGACCUACCCACUCAGCGGCGGCAAGGAACUCAACGUCGUGACGUCCUUCUGCAAAGAACACGUCGUGACGCAGAUGGAAGAAGUGUCGAUCGACGAAUUCCACGCCUACUACAAAGACUACAGCCCGGCGGUGCAGUCGGUCAUCAAACUCGUCAACUACACGCAACGGUGGCCGCUCCUGACGAUGCCACCACUGGACACCUGGUCGAACCAGCACAAGAACGUCGUCCUCCUCGGCGACAGCGCCCACUGUAUGCAGAACCACAUGGGCCAGGGUGCCGCCACCGCGAUCGAGGACGGCGUGUUCCUCGGCCGCGUCCUCAGCGAGGUCGUGCGCGGCGAGCUCUCCCUCCCCGAGGCUGUCUCCCUCUACGAGCAGAAACGCAUCCCCCGCGUCUGGACCAAGCAGCAAGUCUCCUUCAUCUCCGGCGAGCUGAACAUGUGCUCCGACCCGGAAGCUCUGGAGAAGCGCAACCGCGCCAGUCUGCCCGAAGUCGCACUCGCGCCCUCGUCAGGUUCAAUCCUAAACCCAAACCCAAGUGGAGAUGGAAACAGAAAUAGAGAAACAGAACCACGACCCGCGUUCCCACACCUGCCGCCCUCGUACCGCUCGUGGCAGAUGUUCUCGUCGAUCGACACGCUUCCGUCCGUGUUCAACUACGACGCCGAGGCCGAUGCGGACAACGCCGUCUUCGAGUUUCUCCAGGCCAGGGACAAGGCGAGUGGCCAGGUCGAUGCCUUCACCAUGGUCAGUCGCGCCGUCGAGGCGAAAUGCUGGGCUGCGAUCGAGUUUAAUGGAAUCAAUGCUCUAGGUGGAGGAACGGCUCCAAGGAGCUGA